GGUGCACCACCUGCGUUCCGUUAGGUUGAACCUUCCCCCAUCGCCGUUUCUUGGCAACCAUGGAGACGGUGGGCACUUUGAACUUCAACGUCGGGGUGCUUGGGCACAUUGACAGCGGCAAGACCGCGCUGGCCCGGGCUCUGAGCACCACGGCCUCCACGGCGGCGUUCGACAAGAACCCGCAAAGCAAGGAGAGGGGCAUCACGCUGGACCUGGGUUUCUCCAGCUUCUGCCUGGCCUCACCGCCGCACCUCGGGCUGCCGCCUCCAUCCAAGCUGCAGGUCACGCUGGUGGACUGCCCGGGCCAUGCCUCGCUCAUCAGGACUAUCAUCGGAGGUUCACAGAUCAUUGACUUGAUGAUGCUAGUGGUUGACGUGACAAAGGGCAUGCAGACACAGUCCGCAGAGUGCAUGGUGAUCGGGGAGAUUACUUGUCCGCGGAUGGUGGUGGUCCUGAACAAGAUCGACCUUCUCCCAGAGGCCAAGAAGCAAGCGUUGAUAGACAAAAUGACAAAGAAGAUGCAGAAGACACUGGAGAAUACACGGUUUAACGGGUGUCCCAUUGUUCCUGUCGCUGCCAAGCCUGGAGGACCAGAUGCUUUGGAGACAGAGACUCCUCAGGGCAUUUCGGAGCUCGUUGAGCUCCUGAUAUCGCAGACGUACAUGCCAAAACGUGACCCCUCGGGUACCUUCCUCAUGGCGGCAGACCACUGCUUCUCGAUCAAAGGUCAGGGCACCGUGAUGACAGGGACCAUCCUCUCUGGAUCUGUCAGUGUCAAUGACAGUGUGGAGAUCCCCUCCCUCAAGAUUAUCCGUAAAGUGAAAUCCAUGCAGAUGUUUCGCAAGCCAGUCAACGUUGCCAUUCAAGGUGACCGCGUGGGCAUUUGCGUCACCCAAUUUGACCCCAAGCAGCUUGAACGGGGCCUGGUCUCUUCCCCCGAGUCCCUACGCACCCUCUAUGCCGCUGUCAUCUCAGUGAAGAAGAUUCCUUAUUUCAAAGGACCAGUUCACACCAAGGCCAAGUUCCACAUCACCGUUGGACACGAGACAGUCAUGGGGAGGGUGAUGUUCUUCAGCCCUACUCCGGAGGGUUUUGAUGCUGAGCCAGAGAUCGAUUCCUUUGACUUUGACAGGGAGUACCUCUACCAGGAAGAAUACCUGUCCCCAGGCAAGGACAGCAGUACUGAUGGCCAAACCGAGGGACGCCGCACUCCCAGGCAGCAGUGGGCCCUGGUGGAGUUUGAGAAGCCAGUGACCUGCCCCAAGUUGUGCCUGGUGAUAGGGUCCAAGUUGGACAUUGACAUCCACACCAACACCUGCAGGCUGGCGUUCCACGGGGUCUUGCUGGCGGGCUUCGAGGAGAAAAACUACACCGAGGUGUCACUGCCCAAACUGAAGAUCUUCAAGCUAAAACACAAAGAGGGACAAGUGGAAAGGGUCUCGGACGAUUACAGUGUCAUCGGCCGCUCACUCUUCAAGAAGGAGACCAACAUGCAGCUGUUUGUGGGCAUGAUGGUCAAACUGUCGACGGGCGAAACCGGAAUGAUUGACGGAGGCUUUGGGCAGAGCGGGAAAUUCAAGAUCCGUAUCCCAGAUGGGCUUAGUCCGGAGACCAAACAACAGCUCGCACUGACCAGCAAGAAAAAAUCCAAGGCCGCAAAGGGCGAGGGUGCGAGAACGGACGAAGAGAAGAUUGACGCACAGCCUGCAACCAUCACCUUAGCCUUUAAGAGAUACUUAUUCGACCCACAGAAAAAGAUGGUUCAGUCUUAAAAUGUUUAUUUUCAUAUCAGGAAUAUUGAGAGGUGGGACAGGGUUUAAAAGGAUCAUCACUUCAUGUCUUCUUGCCUUAAAACUUGAUUCAGCAGUGGACUUUUCUGAAGAAAUAAAAUCAAAAUUAAUACCUUU